CCGUCGGACCUUCUUAGCUGUGGUCAGUCGUGAAUUAGAUUCGUAGGACCUUCCAUCAUGGACUUCUACUACCAUCCUUGCUCGGCUCCUUGCCGCUCCGUCAUAAUGACAGCCAAGGCCCUUGGAGUUGAAAUGAAUAUGAAGCUAUUGAAGGUCAUGGACGGGGAGCAAUUAAAGCCGGAGUUCGUGGAGCUCAAUCCCCAGCAUUGUAUUCCAACCCUGGUGGACGAUGGCUUCUCCCUCUGGGAGUCCCGUGCCAUUUUGAUUUACUUGGUGGAGAAGUACGGCGCGGAUGACUCCCUGUAUCCGAGCGAUCCCCAGAAGAAGGCCGUGGUCAAUCAGAGGCUCUACUUCGACAUGGGCACCCUGUUCCAGAGUUUCAUCGACGCCAUUUAUCCACAGAUAAGGAGUAAAGAGCCGGCCGAUCCAGUGGCCAUGCAGAAAGUGGACACCGCCUUUGGGCACCUGGACACCUUCCUGGAGGACCAGGAAUAUGUGGCUGGCGACUGCCUCACCGUGGCUGACAUUGCCCUGUUGGCCUCCGUUUCCACCUUCGAGGUGGUGGACUUCGAUAUAGCCCAGUACCCAAACGUGGCCAGGUGGUACGAGAAUGCCAAGGAAGUCACUCCCGGUUGGGAAGAAAACUGGGACGGUGUCCAGCUAAUCAAAAAAUUUAUCCAGGAUGGCAAUGAGUGAUUUGAUGAAAAUGUCAUUAGUACAUACCCAACAUGCCUAAUACCUCGGCAAAUUAUUGCCAUGCGUGGUUAUAUUGUAACUAGUAACAAUAAUGCAUCAAAUACAUUCUUCUGAGCACCGUGAUAAUAAAUUAUUAAAAUGGAA